AUGGGUUUCCAAGUUCUUGGUGGACUUGUCUUCCUGGCGUUGAUCGCGCACCAGAUCUUCAAGCGGUACGAGACCUACUCUAUCCGCGCACAUCUCGCUCUCCUCUUCGGGCCUCCAAUUCUAGCGUCUGCACUACUGCCCUCUUCCUAUACCUCCAUCCAUGCGCUCUUGCUUUGUGACCUGACUUAUUUCGGCGCACUGAUCGCGUUCGUCAUUCUCUACCGCCUCGCCCCCUGGCAUCCACUCGCGCGCUACCCUGGCCCACCUGGGGCGAAGCUGUCGAAGUGGUGGAUGGCGUGCGUCAGCUUGUCGGGGUACGAGCAUCUGUACAUCCACAAGCUGCACGAGAAGUACGGCGACGUCGUCCGGUUUGGUCCAAACGAGCUCUCGAUUCGCUCUGCGUCUGCCGCGAACCCGAUCAUGGCCACUGCAGUGGGUGUGCCCAAGGGUCCUCAAUACGUCGGGCGUAUGCUCAGCGAGUCCGACGCGAACCUGCCCCUCAUCGGAGUCCAGAACGUCGACGAGCACCUCCGCCGGCGCCGGCCCUGGAACCGUGCAUUCAGCGCAACGGCCGUAAAGGGCUACGGGGAGAUGAUUGCGAGGAGGGCGCGCCAGCUCGUCGAUGCGCUCGAGAGACAGAAGGAGGUGGGGGAGGUUGUUUUGGGGAAAUGGUUCAACUUCUUUGCGUAUGACUUCAUGUGCGACAUGGCGUUCGGGGGUGGGUCUGAGCUCCUGCGGGACGGUGACGACGCGAACGUGUGGAAGGUCCUUGACGAAGGCAUGGUCGCAGGGACAUUCCUCGGGCACGUCCCGUGGCUGGGCGUGUACCUCAGCCACAUCCCCGCUGCUGUCGCCCCCCUGCACACCCUCAUCUCUCACUGCAAAGCGCUAACGAGCAAGCGCAUCCAGAACGUGUCCUCGCGUCGGGACCUCUUCCACUACCUCAACAACGAAGACCUACCCGAGAAGGGCGUUGUCCCUCUGCGCCAACUGACAGACGACGGCUGCUUGGCGGUCGUCGCAGGCGCGGACACGACGUCCAGCACGAUGACGAGUCUCUUUUACUGCCUGCUUACGCAUCCAGAAGCGUACGAGCGACUCCAAAUCGAGGUGGACAAAUUUUAUCCUGCAGGUGAAGACGUCGCCGAUUCGAAGCAUCUCGCAGAUAUGGAGUAUCUGAAUGCCGUUAUCAACGAGACCCUCCGGCUCUAUCCGCCCGUACCUACGGGAAGCCAGCGCCAAGUCCCGCGGGAGAGUCAGGGCGCCACCGUUGACUCGAUAUUCCUCCCUCCCGGCACGUCUGUCACGGUGCAGGCGUUCUCCGUCCAUCGUGACCCGCGCAACUUCUUUCCCCACCCUGACACCUUCUGGCCCGAUCGCUGGCUUUUUGCAUCGUCCUCUUCCUCAUCGCCGUCUUUGUCGGCUCCCGAGACGUUCGUGCACAACGUAGACGCGUUCAUUCCCUUCGCGCUUGGGCCGAUGAACUGCGUCGGAAAGAACCUGGCGUUGCAAGAGAUUCGGAUGGUCGUCUGUGCAGUGAUGCAACGGCUUGAAUUUUCGCUGCGGCAGGGGUGGAAUCCCGAGGAGUACGAGAGGGGAUUCAAGGCACAUCUUGUUGCGUCGAGGCCGGCUGUACCCGUCAUGGUGCGCGUGAGGGGGUGAGUUGGGUGGGCUACUGCUGCUCAAGGGCGUGAAUAUAUGUCUUUUAGCCACCGCUCAUGAGUCGGUGUUGAGACGUCGAUGGUCGAUGCAAUGCUACCACACUUGGACGAAGCAUAUACAGGUACACCUUUCUACGGUUGUGGCUGCUGCCAUACACGAUUCGCGAAUGACCACAAUUUCC